CAGAUGCAGCUGUAGACACAGAAUUUCGUGAUUAAACGUACGAGACUGUCAGUGAUGAAGCUGUGGUUGUACAAUUUAACGUACCUACUACCAUAUUUUGGGCAUAAUUCUUCCAAAUUCAUUUCUUCCUCGGUGCAGUGCAAAUUAUUUUUGCUCGCCGGAAUAUUGCUCAGCAAAGCAGCUAUUGUUAUAACGAUGCCGAAAAUAUUCUGCCCACUGUUUGCCUUAUUAACAUUUUGUACUGGUGUCCGAGGUAUUCUAAAUGCGACUGUGAUGAUCCAUGGAAUGUGGAAUUCUAUCUACUUACAAAAAUUACCCUUCACCGCGCCUGGUUUUGAGAUGGGCGCGGCAGCGGCUAAUGAAAUAUACGCGAACAACUUCAACAUCCAGCUGGAGUUUGUAUCAUCCGAUUUGGUUCAAACUUGUCCGGAUAUUUCCCCAAAUUUCUAUCAAAUUGCGGACCGAUAUUAUGGCGUACCGGACGAAGGAUCGCGCGUCCUAGCGGUUAUGUACGCAGGGUGUGACCCAGCCACAACAGCAGCUGAAUUCGGACGAGAAUGGAAUGUGUUAACGAUGAAUAUUGGCACAACAUUUUCCCAGUUCCGCAACCGAACAACGUACCCAACCACGAUCGCUUUCGGUUCCCUCCAGUACGAAAUAUACGGUGUGAUGGUGGGUCAGUUGAGUAUCGCGUACAGGUGGACCAGCGUCGCCGUUAUUUAUGAUGUCUCUGGUGUGAUUUUGUUCCAAUUACGAGUGGGGCAGGAUAUCCUUCGCUACAUGCGUCAGCGUUACGAACAUAUGGAUGUACAUGCAUUUCCGGUUAAUUUGACAACGAGCGUGGAUUUCCCGUCAAUGAUUAGAGAAAUUUCCCUGCUUACUCGCGUGGUCUUUUUUGCGGUGUCUUCUAACUCUACCCAGCAGUUUUUGGUAGCCUUUUCGCAAUCCGGUGAAUUAAGGGAAGAAUAUGUGUUCCUCUAUCUGGAUUAUGUGGGAAGCAUUAAAAGUCCGUUGUAUUUCAACUACACAGAUGAUACUGAUGUCGCUUCUGCAUUGUGGAAGUCAGUGUUUGUUGUCACCAUCUGUUACGAGCAUCCCGGUGCGAUUACCGAGCUUCGACAAAGACUGUACAAUCUUGCCGUGGACAAGUACAACGCAACAUUCGUUGGUCCUGACCCAAACGAGUACAUCACAACAGCCUAUACAUCGGUUCUUGUUUACGCCCAAGUCUUGAACGAGACAAUCAACGCCGGAUAUGACCCGCGUGAUGGCAGCCGUUUAGCCGCUGCCAUGCUGAACCGUACCUUCACGUUUCCCGCUGUGGGAAGCGUGUAUGUUGAUGAAAAUGGCGAACGGCAGAAUAUAGUCUGCCUAAAAAACUUUCAACCUCAAGUGCAACGCUUUGAUAAAGUCCGAUAUUUUGAUAGUGCCACAAAAACACUGCGCAAUGUCUCUGAUGUGGUUAUUUACUGGGGGACGCAGCAGAACGUAUCGCCUUCUGGCACACCUGUAUGCGGUUUCACGAAGGACGGGGGACCUUGUGCAAGGCUAGGUUCGGCGACUAUUGGUGGCAUCGUCUGUGGAAUAAUUUUGAUUGUUUUGAUCUUGGUUUGCGUAAUCCCACCAUUCCGCCGUUUACAGAAACCAAUUAUCAAUGAAAACUGGUGGGUAGUGGAUUUGCAUUACUUGAGCCGCGCAGUGGAAGUCGGCAGUAGCGAAAUCUCCGGACGUAGUCACCCGUACUCCUUCAAAUCUAACUUGUUGAUCAACGCACCAAUGCGCUAUCGUGGGAUACACGUGUGGGCCAAGGUUGUACAAAUCAGUAAACGCACUGUACUGCUGCAAUCCAGUAACGGAAUCAUCAACAUCCGACCCGAGUUCCGUCAGCUGAUUUCAGAGAUUCGCUUGCUCUCACAACAAUACGCCAAUAUUAACCCAUUAAUCGGCAUCGGGCUUGGACCCAUCCGCUUGACGUAUCUGACCGCUCUCUGUCAACGGGGAAACCUCGGUGACUUGAUCGAGGAAGUGUCGCUAGACUGGGGACUGAAGUGCUCGCUGAUUGCUGAUCUCGUUGAAGGUGUUGCUGCGAUUCAUCGUACUACGAUUCGUCGUCAUGGCCAUCUGCGUCCUUCAAAAUGCCUGAUCGACAGCCGCCUCGUUUUAAAGAUAAACGAAGCCGGGUUCUAUGAUACGCUUCAUGAACUGCAAGUGGAACUUAUCAAUCCUAAAAACUUUGAAGCAAUUGGAGAGACUUUGCAUAAUGCCUGGGUUGCGCCAGAACUGAGAAUUCAGCUUAUUGAAAGCGCCACUUUUGCGCACAUCGCAAUGCAAGCCGAGCCGCCGGCUGAUGUGUACGCUGUCGGCGGACUGAUUAAUUAUGUUCUCUCCAAUCAUACCGAGACAACAGAUGAGAAGCUUGUUGAUUUUGCUUACGCCAGUAAACACGGCAUUCCACCCAGCGCUGUGCCUACGCUGUCCACACUCUUAUAUGAAUGCCGCAACGUGAAACCAGAAGAUAGACCAAACAUUUGGCAGGUUAAAAUGCAAAUUAACAAAGUCGCUGACAACGCGGGGAAAUUGUUCGACCAACUGGUAAAACGAUUGGAAGAUUAUGCGGUGCAGCUGGAAGCUGCCGUGUCCCUUCGAACAUACACACUCAAGCAGGAAAUGGAAAAAUGUGAUUCACUGCUAGGAGAGAUGCUUCCAAGGUAUGUGCUCGUCCAACUGCGUAUUGGUCACUUAGUACAACCGCAGAUCUUCCCGUCGGUGACCAUCCUCAUGACUGGGGUCGCCGGUUUCGAUGAAUUUGUAAUCAAGUCUCAGAACAACCCCCUGGAUCUGGUGGUCUUCUUAAACACCAUGUUCACAAUAUUCGAUUGCAGUAUCGCCAGAUAUGACUGCUACAAAGUGGAGACGAUAUCGGAGUCGUGCUUGGUGGUUAGCGGUUUGCCGGUAGAAAAUCACGGUGAUCACGUACAUAUUAUCGCUAGCCUGGUGCUGGAAAUGCGGACCGAGUUCGAGCGAGGAUUUCCGGAAGGUCUCCACCUGAAAGCAGGAAUACAUAGCGGUCCGUGUGCUGCUGGUGUUGUGGGCACAGCACGACCGCGUUACUGUGUAUUCGGUGAUUCUGUAAACGUCACCUCGCGGUUGGCGUACUCCAGUAAAGCAAACAAAAUCCAUAUAAGCAACGCUACGGAAGAGCUCCUUGGAUUUGACCCGAGUUUUAAAGUCACUCGGCGUGGUAUGACAUACUUGAAAGGCAUUGGAUCGGUAAUGACCUUUUGGUUGGAAGGUUGAUGAUGUCACCAUGAAGUUUUUUAUAUGCACGCAUUCUGUGAAGUUUCUGCUGAAUAAUGUUAUGCUCAAAAUUUCGAUAGAUUAUAAUGAAGUGGCUGAAAUAAAAAGGAAGAAAAUCAGCUUCAAGGGAA